AUGAAGGCCGAUGUUAGUAAGUUGAUAAAAAGAGGUCUGUACUACAGACUAUUUCUUUCUGAACAUAAAUAUUUGAUAUGUAUUUACUCUCUCUAUAGUCCCAGCGCAGACCUCGCAAAAGUAAGAACGUUUGCUGAUAAUGGAGCUGAUCCUACAAGCAUUAGCCUCACUUUACCACCAAGAGACUCCUGA